AUACCAUUGUCUAUCUAUACAAGUGACGCCGACUCGAUUGAUGAUGUUACAUCCAGCAUGUGAUCUCGAGCCUAUUGGAGGGAAUUGGGUCAAGUUUAUUUGGCUGUCUGAUACUAUACUUUAAAAGUUAUGAUUAUUUUUUUAAACAAAACAUUUUGAUAUGUUUUGAUACUAUUAUAUUGAACUUGUAUUGCAGGGGUCCACUAAUAAGACGAGGGAUCUGACCCCCCACCUAUAUUUUUUGUGAUAAUUCUGUAAUGCAAAACUUCGGUGCUGCACCGUGUCAUGCCCAUUUUUUAAGCCUUGCUAAACUUUUGAGAAUAUUUGCGUCUCUGCACCCGCCUUAAUCUAUUACUGUCGUCUGGCAUGAUAUUCCCCUAUCCAGUCUAUUACUAUGGUCUGGCAUGAUAUUCCUCUAUCCAGUCUAUUACUGUGGUCUGGCAUGAUAUUCCCCUAUCCAGUCUAUUACUAUGGUCUGGCAUGAUAUUCCCCUAUCCAGUCAUUAAUACAAAGCUUGUCACAGCCUGAUAAGCAGAGUAGAGAGGCAGUUACCCCCCCCCCAAAAAAAAAUAGCAAAAAAAAAAGAGAGAAAUUGAAUAAAAUAUUUAUACUGAAAAAUAUUCACAAAAUUAACCAUAAGUGUGCACAAAAUCCUUCAAUUUCACUUUAGAAAAUGCAAAAGCGCUCCAAUGGCAAACUUGGUUAAUUUGCUCCCUCGCUUUGAGUUUCAUCAGAAAUGUUUACGCCCCCCCCCCCCCUCCAGAAAAAUUCUGUUUACGAUCUUGUUCAUCCCCUCCACAUAAAUCGACACCCAUGGUAGUAGAAGUAGCAGAUGAAGAAUGUUAUCUGUAUGUCACCUGGAAAUGAUGUUGGGCACUCAAACUACUGGAAAACAGAACAAGUCCCCCGACAGAGCCUUGGGGUACUCCACAUUCAAGUGGCCUUCUCAAAAUGGUUUUGCAGGAGUGACCGGAGAAGAAUUGGAAAUUUUCAUUUAGUUUUCUCACCCACAUUCUCAUGCCUUUUUCUCAUUUAAUCUGCUUUUAAUUGAAAAAAAUCAGGCAAAAAUCACCAAGUACCAUGACGGAGACCUUAACAGAGGAAAAACUCAUGGACCUAGCAGAGGCUGUGGGUGACCAUAAGAAUGUAUUGAAGUUCGGGUUGAAACUGGGAUUCCAGAAGUCCGAAGUCAGUACAUACAUCAGUACAAAUAGACGAAAUGACAGUUCCGAAGGAACCACCUCCAUGCUCUUCGACUGGAAAAGAAAGACACGGAGAGCAAACCAAAUACCUGGUAUCAUCAAGGCAUUUGAAGACGCUGGAUUUGCGGAAUUAGUAGAUGAUUUCUUCCCAUCUGGAGAGGAUGUCUCACAAGAAACUACAACAACUUCAAGAGCAUCAACUUCAACAGGAGCAGCAGACGUGUCAGCAUUACCACAUACCAUCAGUGAGAGAGAACUUUUGAUGUUGUCGACAGAGAUCAGACCAAGUUACUACAAGAAAGUUGGCAUUAACCUGAAUAUCUCCAUUGUAACCCUUGAUAAUAUCAAGGAGCGUAGCCGAGAUAACUGCGAUGCAUUGAUGACAGCUUUCACAAGAUGGAGGGAUAAACAGCUUCCAGACACAAACAUCAGGGCUCAUCUUGCAGAGGCUUUACAAAAGAGUGGUCUAGUGUCGCUGUCUCAGAAACUGAUUACUGGAAAUCUAUUAGGGACAGGUGCAUCAAUGCCAGCAUCACAGACCCAACCACUCACUCCUGACCUGGUUGAAAGAUGUAGAAAGGAGCUUCAAUCCCAUUACAGAAGAUAUUUCUGUAAGAUUAGAGCUGAUAGUCUUAAUCCACGUUCCCUUGCGCCGUGUAAAGACAUAUAUACACACCUUGUUUUGGAAGAAGAAGAUUAUCGCAAUAAGAAGCGAUCACUCGAAUAUAAGGACCUCUUCAAACUUAAAAUUAAUGGAGAGUUUCCAAAUCGGAUCAUCAUUCAGGGAGAAGCAGGGGCUGGAAAGACGACACUCUGCGCAAAGAUUGCAUGGGACUGGAUAAACGGUAGUCCUGAUGUUCCUAAGUUUGUAUGGGUACUUGUAAUCCCUCUUCGUGAAGUCAAGCGAUAUACAAUUGGUCAGAUAGUCAAGUCUUAUCUCUCAAAGGACAACCCAGCAACAGCCUGUCAGAUCACCAAUUACAUCCGUUCAAAUCCAGAAAAGGUAUUCAUUGCCUGUGAUGGAUUAGAUGAGUUUAGUGGCAAGGUUGUACAGCACUCUGAAACCAAACAAGAAUUAGAAGGUGCUCAGCCAGAGUCUAAUGAUCAACCAGAUUCAAGCCCAAAAUCAAAGCGACGAAAGUUAAUGGGGCAUAUGUCCUCACGUACACCAAUUGCCCCAUUGAUGCCAAGAGGCAGCAUCUCAGAUGGAAGUGAAAGCACUACUGAAGAAGAUGAUAUCUCUCUAGUACAUAUCCUUCGUUCAGAUGAACUCAGCAAUUGCCCAGUGAUGGUGACCAGUCGUCCAUGGAAGGCCAAUGAGAUAAAGUGGGAUCUCAAUCUAAUGAAACUGUAUGCUUUCAUUCAUGUGGAAGGCUUUAGUAAGAAGAAUGUGGAGGUUUACAUUCACAAGUACUUUAAAGACAAUACAGUCACAGCAGAUCAGCUUAUUCAAAUGAUCAAAGAGAAUGACAUCAUAUCAGAGUAUAUGGCACCCUAUCCUAUCUAUAUAUCUAUGCUCUGUCUUAUGUGGAGAGGACUUGAUGACAAAAAGAAAGAAUUGUUUAAAACCAUUCGAACAUUCUCUGAAUUAUUUCAUGAGAUGUUUGAAUUCUUAAACGUGCAUUAUGUCCAAAAAGAGAUCCAAGAUCUAAGGGGUCCAUCAUUUAAUGACCAUCGCUCUAAAAUUGAAAAACUCAUGGAACCCGUUGCCAAAUUGGCAUUUGCUGGACUGCAAUCGAAUAACCUUAUUUUCAAUGAAGAAGAUCUUGAACAGUACUCAGACUCUGUGAAAACAGCAUGCAAAGUAGGGGUGUUGUCACAGGAGAAUAAGCUCUCAUCCAUUCAUGAUAAGAGCAGACCGUUCCUGCAGUCAACAUUCUUCUUUCCUCAUAAACUAUUCCAGGAGUACAUGGCUGCAGUCUAUCUUGCUUCUCUCUAUGAUUCAGAUUGCACUGAAUUUAAGAGGCUGAUUGAGGAAGUAGUGAUCCCUAGGAAGGAAGAGUUUAGGUAUCUCCUGUACUUCACUGUGUCACAGGACAAAAACAUUGCCAAGUAUAUCACCACAUGUCUGCUACAACAGUACACCCAAAGCAGAGACGUUGCACAAAAGGAGCUGAAUUUCUUGGUUGAUGUAACCUUUGAGAGUCAAGAUGAAGAUACCAACGCCAUGCUUCGGAAUUCAGUGUCAUCUCUGUCCAUUGAUGUUGAAGACACACACACUAUAGCUGGUUAUGCAUCCACUGGGAUAUAUUCAAAGGCGAUCGCAAUGCAUAUUGGUGGAAAUGUAUUGAUACCUUCCUACGGACCAGGUAUAUCAAAAGAGGUUGCAGCGAUGGUAUGCUCAGCACCAUCACUAAGGGAUGUUAAACUGACUGGAAGCUUUCACCCUACCUUCUAUGAAACUCUUGCCAAAGAAGGAAGGACAGCCACAGCCCAUACUCUUGAGAUUUUUAAUGGUAGGCGUCUAUCAUCAGCCUCUUCACAUCACCUAGUAGAAGCUUUAUGCUCCAUACCUAACCUGACUAACCUGACACUAUAUAAAGUGUGUAACCAAGAGGAGUUCUGUUCUCUUCUGAAUAAGAAGGCUUCAACCUUGAAGGUCCAUACUCUUCAGAUUUGGGAUGAUGAGCCUCUAUCAUCAGCCUCUUCACAUCACCUAGUAGAAGCUUUAUGCUCCCUACCUAACCUGACUAACCUGAUACUGAGAAGAGUUUGUGACGAGGAGGAGUUGUAUUCUCAAUUGAAUGAGAAGGCUUCAACCUUGAAGGUCCAUACUCUUGAUAUUGAGAUUGAUUGGCCUCUAUCAGCCUCUUCAUAUCACCUAGUAGAAGCUUUAUGCUUCCUACCUAACCUGACUAACCUGAUACUGAGAGGAGAUUGGGACCAGGAGUUCUAUUCUCAUCUGAAUGAGAAGGCUUCAACCUUGAAGGGUUCUUUCCCUCAGAUCAGAAAAGGAAAUUUCAUGUUCAAUGGAAAGCCUCAGAAGGAUCUUCAAUCAUUCCUACAAGCAGUCAGUGACGAGAUAGGCUUUUAUGACGAGAAUUUUUCAGACGAGAGCUCCUCGGUUGGACCUUCUUACUUAACACGAGUACUCUGCUGCUGUUGCCUCUUCCUCAGACAAAUAAAUGAUGAAUGACAUUUCUCUGUCAUGGACUGUGUCAUGUACAUGUAUUAUCAUUAUUGAUUAUACAUGUGUGCGCAUUGAUGUAAAAAGCAUUAUGAUGUCACUGAUGUCUGCACAAUACGCUGCCAUAGUAACCAGUGAUGCCGGAUGAAAGCCUUAGAAUUUCUAACUAAAUAUACCAACUUGGACUUGAUUAUUUAGUGUAUGUGUUGGUGACAUAGUGCCAAGUAAUCCAUACAAACAUAUAACAGAGUAUCCCAACCAUCUAGAUGGUAUAACUGGUUUCAUUCUACUCUAAUGAAUAGAACCAUCUUAUUGGUCUCCAUGACAGUCACUAGAUCCUACAAUAGUGUGUACAUGUACAUAUAACAGAGUAUCCCAACCAUCUAGAUGGUAUAACUGGUUUCAUUCUACUCUAAUGAUUAGAACCAUCUUAUUGGUCUCUAUGACAGUCACUGGAUCCUACAAUGGUGUGUACAUGAACCCAUUUCAGUUUUAUCCCUGGAACAUUAUUUUAUUCGUAAAAUGACUGUGAACUCUUUCUAUCCCAGAAUGUUUUGCAAUGAAUUUAUGAUGCGAAAUGCUUUCAAACUGAUAUUCAGGCAUUUUUUGGUUAUUAAGGAAGUAUCAUAACUAAUGAUAUCAUGUGAUGCAUUUUUAAGAGACUCAACUUUUCAGCAUAGAAGAUUAUGCAGUUGUCACCCGUUGAUGGUAAUUUUUAUCUAUGACCAAGUAUGUGAUGUUAAAAACAUGAAUUCACCUUGUUAUGUUUAUGCAAAUAUAAAAAUUAAUUUUCAGUGUUUUUCAAAGCUAUUCCAAAUAUUUUCACAUUAUUCUUAACCAAAAACCAUGUUUCAUCUGUCAAAAUUACAUCCGUUUGAUGUUAUCAAGCCAAACUCUUUCCAGAGGUAUACUGUUUUAUUCUUCCUGGAAUCCUAUUAUGUUAUCUGAGGUAGAAGAUCUAACAACUAUGCUGUAGAAAAUGAGAAUGUCCUCCCUUUAAUUAUGUUUUAUUUAUCAUGUUAUGUUUAUCAUAAAUGAGAAAGUCACUCCUUCAAUUCUAUUAUGUUUAUCAUAAAGGAGAAAGUCACUCCUUCAAUUCUAUUAUGUUUAUCAUAAAGGAGAAAGUCUCUCCUUCAAUUCUAUUAUGUUUAUCAUAAAGGAGAAAGUCACUCCUUCAAUUCUAUUAUGUUUAUCAUAAAGGAGAAAGUCACUCCUUCAAUUCUAUUAUGUUUAUCAUAAAUGAGAAAGUCACUCCUUCAAUUCUAUUAUGUUUAUUAUAAAGGAGAAAGUCACUCCUUCAAUUCUAUUAUGUUUAUUAUAAAGGAGAAAGUCACUCCUUCAAUUCUAUUAUGUUUAUCAUAAAGGAGAAAGUCACUCCUUCAAUUCUAUUAUGUUUAUUAUAAAGGAGAAAGUCACUCCUUCAAUUCUAUUAUGUUUAUCAUAAAGGGGAAAGUCACUCCUUCAAUUCUAUUAUGUUUAUCAUAAAUGAGAAAGUCACUCCUUCAAUUCUAUUAUGUUUAUCAUAAAGGAGAAAGUCACUCCUUCAAUUCUAUUAUGUUUAUCAUAAAGGAGAAAGUCACUCCUUCAAUUCUAUUAUGUUUAUUAUAAAGGAGAAAGUCACUCCUUCAAUUCUAUUAUGUUUAUCAUAAAGGAGAAAGUCACUCCUUCAAUUCUAUUAUGUUUAUCAUAAAUGAGAAAGUCACUCCUUCAAUUCUAUUAUGUUUAUCAUAAAGGAGAAAGUCACUCCUUCAAUUCUAUUAUGUUUAUCAUAAAGGAGAAAGUCACUCCUUCAAUUCUAUUAUGUUUAUUAUAAAGGAGAAAGUCACUCCUUCAAUUCUAGUAUGUUUAUCAUAAAGGAGAAAGUCACUCCUUCAAUUCUAUUAUGUUCAUCAUAAAGGAGAAAGUCACUCCUUCAAUUCUAUUAUGUUCAUCAUGAAGGAGAAAGUCACUCCUUCAAUUCUAUUAUGUUUAUCAUAAAGGAGAAAGUCACUCCUUCAAUUCUAUUAUGUUUAUCAUAAAGGAGAAAGUCACUCCUUCAAUUCUAGUAUGUUUAUCAUAAAGGAGAAAGUCACUCCUUCAAUUCUAUUAUGUUUAUCAUAAAGGAGAAAGUCACUCCUUCAAUUCUAUUAUGUUUAUCAUAAAGGAGAAAGUUACUCCUUCAGUUCUAUUGUGUUUAUCAUAAAGGAGAAAGUCACUCCUUCAAUUCUAUUAUGUUUAUGAUUAAGAAAAAGUCACUCCUUCAAUUCUAUUAUGUUUAUCAUAAAGGAGAAAGUCACUCCUUUAAUUCUUUAAUGUUUAACAUAAAGGAGAAAGUCGCUCUUUCAAAUAGAGGGAAUGAUUUGCUGUUAGUGUUUUCUUCUAGUUUUUACAAAUCUUGCCCAUUCUUUCAAAAUUAAAAGUGAAGCCUUCCUUUAUGUUAUUUUCAUGAAAUUGUAUAUGUUGUAAUGAUCAUACAUGUAUAUUUUCAUGUUGAAACUGAAUGAGGAAUAUUUGGUUUAUGAUUAAUCACGGUUUUCAAUACACUUUUUUGUUUGAUGAUUUUAGAGACAUGAAAUCAAUUUAAUAUGAACUUUGAAACCAAGUUGCAAUCUUUCAGAAUGAAAGGCAGUUCUUUUCACACAAAUAUAUGACCUACCAAUAUAAUAUUUGAUUCUCUUCAUAAUAAUAUGCAUAUUCAAUGACAACAUACAAUAUAUUACUUGUUUUCUGAUGCGUACAUACACUGAGUUACUCAUCCAUUCUCAAUUCAAUGUUUACAUCUAACUUGUAAUAAUGAUAAAGCAAAAUGAAAAGAUACCAUUUGAUUAUGAUAAAGAUAAGAUUUUUUCACCUUUUAGAAGUGAUUCAAAUCAAACUACUAUUUUUUUCUUCACAUUUUACAAGAACAGAGGGGCGGGGCAAUUUCAAAAUCAUACAAAAUUUAUUAUACAAUAUAGAAACACAAGCUCACAAUAGAUUAAAUUGAUUAUGAUUACUCCUUGGAUGAAAAUAAUUUUGUUGAUUUUCAUCCAUAUCCAUGAUAUCAGAAUGAUUUAUCUCUUAAAAAGAGACCAGUAAUCAGCUUCACUUGUUUCAUCAUAUUUCAUCUUAUUUUCAUUGUAAGGAAAAGCAAUGUGGAAUAAUUCUAAGCUACAAGUACAUGUCCACAGUGUAUGUGAAGUCUUUCAAUUUUAAUAAUGUAUAGAGUCAUAAAUAAUACAUGUUUAUAUAUAAUGUAAAUUAGUAGUGUAAAGUUUAGAAGACAGUAUUGUCUAUUAUAAACCAAUGGCAGCUGAAAUUUGGUUAAAUUCAGGAAUUUUCUUGGGUACAUUUUUAACUGUUUAAAACUAACUAUUUUUCCUUUUAAAUGCCUUUUAAUGUUUAUUUAUUAUCACAUCUCCCAUGAAUUACUCAUUCUUCAGAUGUAAGAUAAUUUAUUGUAUCCAUCCAUCCUGUAUAGGCCAAGUUGGUUUAGGAGGAUUUUAAUGGUAAUUUGAAAUGUGGUGUAUCAAAUGACUUUUGUCAAAUUUGUGAAUCAGAAAAUCCCCAAUAUAUUACGUCUUGAAUAUGAAUCAAAAAUUAAACUGUUUUGUCUUAGGGUAAUUGAGUAAAAGGAUGGCUCCUGUCAGAAUAUUGUGAAGUGGUACACCUGUAUUUUGGACACAGUGGUAUUACUAAUUAUGUGUUGUUAAUACAUGUAGUAGAAUUUGUGUAUCAAAUUAGUAGUUAUUGACUUUUGUCAAAUUGGUGUAUCAAAAAUGCCAAAAUCCCAUUUUAAUUGAGAAGUUGAUUAAUGAGUAGAAAGGAUUACUUCUGUCUGAUUAUUGUGAAGUAGUAUGUAAUGGCACUCUAUGAAGGUAUUUGGGCAAGGAAACAAGCUAAAAAUGUAAAAGAUAUCUCCAAAUCAAUCUUCCUAGCUAAAGUCUGUGCGUUUUUCACGAUUGAAGUCUUCGUUUUAUUCAUAUAACUAUUUCAAAAUCUGCGCAAAUCAUUUUUCACCAAUUUUUCAAAAGUGAGUGGUGCUCACUCAAGCAGAACAAUUGUUUGACAGUUAUAUCGUCAUUGACUUAAAGAGAUCUGUACCAAUGUUGAAAUGUGGAAAAAUCUUCAAGAUAUUACAAAUGCAUAAUUUUUAUAGGAUUUUUUCUGAGUAAACUUUUUUUGAUACACACUGUAUACAUGUAAGUCGUUUGCUUUAAAGCCAAGGCCUUCAUGUUAAUUUCUUAUGACAUUUCUCAUGAAUUACAUAUUCUCCCGAUGUAAGAUGUGUGAUGAUUUAUUUUGCAUCCACCUGUAGAGGCCAUUGUGAUGUCACUGGUUUUGAAUGGUAAUUUCUGCCUGAAAUAGUUCUUGACUUUUGUCAAAUGUGUGUAUCACACAAUCCACUUCAUUAUGUAUAAGAAUUGAUGGAUAACUUGCUUAGAUAGAAGUUGAUUACUGAGUAGAAAGGCUGACUUCUGUCAAAUUAUUGUGAAGUAGUACACCUGUACUUUUGACACAAUGGAGUUACUUAUAAUGCAUUCUAAAUGCAAAUAGAAGAGUUUAUCAUUUUAAUUGCAUGAAUCAUUAAAACGUUAAAACAUGUAUGUCAUUCAUAUUGCUAAUGAUAUCAUAAAUUAAUAUUAUACGCAGUAUCAUGGUACAGUAAAACCUGUAUAUAGAUAUCAAACAAUAGAGAGAAGCAGUCUUUGUAAUAGGAUAGUCUUUACGAGCAUGUUUCAAUGAUAUACAAGGAUACACACUUAUUAUCAGGAACGGUGCCUCAAACGGUAGCUCCACCAUAUUUUUUCAAGCACUAGUAAACCAAGAUAGAGAAAAGGAUGGAGUAAAGAGAAUAAAAGAAACAAGUGUAUCACCAGCAGAGGUUUCAGCUAUGUAGCUCAAUAAUAAACCCUAAAAUACAAAUGAU